GUGAGAUUUUGUGCGCGGUUCAUGCUUUUCUGCGGUGUUUUAGUAAAAUCUACACAUUUAAUCAGCUCACCGAUUUUCAAUUUCAGUUUGCAUUUCUAUUAGGAACAGUUUAGAAAACCGGCAUGUCUUCUUGUGCUGUAUGUGGUGAACCAACUAAAAACAAAUGCUCAAAUUGUAAUCAAAGUUUUUAUUGCUCCGAGGAGCACCAGAAAAAGCAUUGGAAGGUGCAUAAAAUUAAUUGCAGGCCAUUCAAAGUGGAACACAGUAAUGAAUUGGGAAGAUAUUUGGUGGCUACCCGUAGCAUAAAGGCUUUCGAAAUAAUUCUCAAAGAAGCGCCUUUAAUAUGUACGCCAUCCCAAGUAACCAGCCCUGUGUGCCUAGGAUGUUUGAACGGUAUCGAGCCUUCGGACUAUAUUGAAUGCGAUAAGUGCGGCUGGCCACUCUGUGGCAUCGAGUGCAAGAGCAAGGCAGAGCACCAAGCUGAAUGUGAAUUCACUGUGAAAAGAGGUUCGAAAGUUUCAGUAAAACAAUUUACAAAUCCUCAUCCUUUAUAUCAAUGCAUGGGUACGGUGCGCUGUUUGCUUUUGUCACAAAGAGAUCCUGACAAAUGGGAAAAAUUUUUAGAGCUUGAAUCACUGGAAAAGCAGCGUCGAGGUUCUAUACAAUGGAAGGCCGAUUUGGAAAGUAUCGGUAAAUUUAUACCAAGAUUUUUCAAAACAGUUGAUUUUAACGAGGAUUUGAUUAUGAAGACAAUCGGCAUUUUGCAAAUAAACGGUCACGAGGUACCAAGCACUGAUCCUCCCCACGUAGCAAUAUUUAGUAAUGCAUCGUUUUUGGAGCAUUCCUGUUGUCCAAAUCUAGCGAAAAGUUUCACAAAGAAUGGAAACUUGAUCUUGUGGGCCCCAAAGCCAAUUAAAAAGAAUACGCACUUGAGCAUUUGUUAUUCAGAUGCAGUUUGGGGAACCGCAGAGCGACAACAACAUCUUAUGCAUACAAAACUUUUCAAAUGCACAUGCCCAAGGUGCCUCGAUGUAACAGAAUUCGGAACUAACUAUGAUGCCUUCAGGUGUAUCGACACCAAUUGCGUAGGAGUCAUUUUGCCAUCAAGUCUUAAGGAAUGGAAUUCUAAGUGGAGUUGUUCGACAUGUGGAAACAAAGCUGAUUUAUCCUUCAUAAAGGAUAUCUUAGAAAAAGCUGGAAAAGACUUUGGAGCCAUGAGUAAAACUGUGGAAAACUGCAUUAAGUAUACUCAACAUUAUCAAAAGUGGCUGACCAGUAAGCACUUUUACAUUUGUCAAGCUAAAUUACAACUGGUGCAAGCGAUUGGUACUGACCCCAAGGAACUGAUGAUCGUACCUGAGAAUAAGCUCAAUCUGAAACUGGAAUAUGUCAAAGAGCUGAUCGAUUUAUAUGAGAAGCUGGCACCAUGUGAGGUCCGCAUGUUGGGCACACUUUGUUUUGAGUUGCACUCAGCCAUAGCAGAGCAUACACGUCGGGUGGCCUUGCAGACUACGCUAUCCCCGAAAAAUAUGCUCGAAGAGUCCCUACUCUAUGUGGAUAAGUGUAUAAAUUAUUUGCAGAAUGAAUCUGAUCUCUUUGUCGAAGGUCACAUCCUCAAGCAAGCGAGAAUCAACAGAGAUGCUCUCAGAAUGGUGCUAAUAAUGUGAAACAGAAACGCUAACUUAUAAUAAAAUGAUUAUUUAUGCAUAUGAAAAAAGAAAGA